UCACUAAGCUCUUUCUCUCUCUCUCUUCUUAUUUUUCGCAAUUCUUCUUUCUUCUUCGACUUUUUUUUUUUUUUUUCUCUCUUCUCUUUGAUUAUUCGUGUUGGGGUUUUAUCUGGGUUUCUGAUUUUUCCAACGAGGAAGGAAGAAGAGAAAAGAUUAAAGGGGACAAGCGAAUAACUCUUUUCUCCUUCAAUUUCCAAUGGGUUGUUUCGGAUGCAGUAAGAAAUCGAGCAAACGAUCGGAGACUAACAAAGAUACUGUCAUAAAUAGAAAAAUCGUCGGUGGCACUACGAGCGUCGUGAAGAGCGAUAAGCGAGACGAUCAGGCUCAACCCAGUUCAGAUUCAACCAAAGUCAGUCCAUAUCGAGAUGUUAACAAUGAAGGAGUUGGGAAAGAAGAUCAGUUAUCUCUGGAUGUGAAGGGUUUGAAUUUGAAUGAUCAAGUCACAGGGAAGAAAGCACAGACUUUUACCUUUCAAGAACUUGCAGUAGCUACUGGAAACUUUAGAUCGGAUUGUUUUCUAGGUGAAGGAGGUUUUGGAAAAGUUUUCAAGGGAACUAUAGAGAAAUUGGAUCAGGUUGUUGCGAUCAAGCAACUUGACCGUAAUGGGGUUCAAGGUAUCAGGGAAUUUGUUGUUGAGGUACUGACUCUAAGUCUUGCUGACCAUCCGAAUCUCGUGAAGCUUAUUGGGUUUUGUGCUGAGGGUGAUCAGAGACUAUUGGUCUACGAGUACAUGCCGCAAGGAUCUCUUGAAGAUCAUCUACAUGAUCUCCCUUCUGGUAAAAAACCUCUUGAUUGGAACACCCGGAUGAAAAUAGCAGCUGGUGCAGCAAGAGGUUUACAGUAUCUACAUGACAGAAUGACGCCCCCAGUGAUUUACCGAGACCUUAAAUGUUCGAAUAUUUUGCUUGGUGAAGACUAUCAACCGAAACUAUCUGACUUUGGGUUGGCCAAAGUAGGACCAAGUGGGGAUAAAACCCAUGUCUCCACAAGGGUUAUGGGAACAUACGGAUACUGUGCUCCUGACUACGCUAUGACUGGUCAGCUCACAUUUAAAUCCGAUAUAUACAGUUUUGGAGUCGUCCUUCUCGAGCUUAUCACCGGAAGGAAAGCAAUUGACAAUACAAAAACGCGUAAAGAUCAAAAUUUGGUUGGAUGGGCACGACCGUUGUUCAAAGACAGGAGGAACUUCCCGAAAAUGGUUGAUCCAUUGCUUCAGGGACAAUACCCGGUUAGAGGACUUUACCAAGCACUAGCAAUUUCAGCAAUGUGCGUUCAAGAGCAGCCGAGUAUGAGACCAGUGGUAUGUGAUGUAGUAUCGGCUCUCAACUUCUUAGCCUCUUCGAAAUACGAUCCGAAUAGCCCUAGCAGCAGCAGCAGGAAGAACCCUUCCUUUCACAGAGAUAGAGAUGAUGAAGAGAAAAGACCGGACCUCGUCAAGGAAACCGAAUAUGAAGGAUCUUCAUAGGAGAUCCAAUAAGAGAAUGGUAAAAAAUCAAAUCUAGUUUUGGCUUCACCAAGAAAUUGGGGAAAAAAUAUAAAAUCAACUCAGGUACAUUUUUAACAUCUCUUGUGGAUGUAAAUCUUCUUGACUCGGCUUCUUUGUACGUAGAAUGUUUCUGUUCUGUAGAAAAAAAAAAAAAAA